UUGAGUUGGAGCAGCUGAUCUCGCUCUUGACUUCCAGGGCUAAAAAUAAUCCCCUCUGUUAACUUUCCAACUCUCACUGUAUUUUGUUUCUUCUUCUUUUCUCUGUCUGCUGUCGUUUUAAAAUUACAUUUCAGCCGGAAUGAAACGGUGCCAGUCAGGAUAAUCCAUUGAUUUCCAGUUCCAGACGACUUCCUGGUCCAACACACCUGAGCGAACAUCCUUGGUCCUGCUGAUGACCUCAUCAUUUAACUCAGUCUGACUCCGGGUCUGGGAGGAACCAAUGGCUGCUGGCAUGCCGUUGUCGUUUUGUGGCGACAAGGUUCCCAGUGCAUACGGCAUCAACGAUGGCGUGCUCAACAAUGGCUGCUUCGUGGACGCCCUCAACCUGGUUCCUCACGUCUUCCUGCUCUUCAUCACCUUCCCCAUCCUCUUCAUUGGUUGGGGCAGCCAGAGCUCCAAGGUUCAGAUUCAUCACAACACAUGGCUUCAUUUCCCCGGACACAACAUGCGGUGGAUCCUCACCUUCCUGCUGCUCUUCGUCCACGUGUGCGAGUUCGCAGAGGGCAUCGUCUCCAACACGACAAUGACCUCCAACCACCUCCACCUCUUCAUGCCGGCCUUCAUGGGUUUCAUUGCUGCAACAACAUCAGUUGUUUACUACCACAACAUAGAGACGUCCAACUUCCCCAAACUGCUGCUGGUCCUCUUCAUCUACUGGGUGUUGGCGUUCAUAACCAAGUCCAUCAAGCUGUGGAAGUUCGCAGAGUUUGGCAUCCGGUUCAAGUACCUGCGGUUCUGCAUCACGGCCCUGUUGGUGAUCCUUUAUGGACUGCUGAUGGCCGUGGAGAUCAACGUCAUCCGAGUCCGGAAAUACGUUUUCUUCACCAACCCCCAGAAGGUGAAACCGCCGGAGGAUUUACAGGAUUUAGGCGUCCGCUUCCUGCAGCCGUUCGUCAACCUGCUUUCUAAGGCAACGUAUUGGUGGAUGAACCCCCUCAUUAUUGGCGCCCAUAAGAGGCCGAUAGAGCUGAAGAAGAUCGGGAAGCUGCCCAUCGCUAUGAGAGCGCUGACCAACUACCUGAGGCUGAAAGACGCCUACGAGGAUCAGAGGACGGGCGAAGAUCCGGACCGAGCGCCGUCCAUCUGGCGCUCCAUGUACAGAGCCUUCGGCCGGCCGAUACUGCUCAGCAGCACCUUCCGGUACCUGGCCGACCUGCUGGGGUUCGCCGGGCCGCUCUGCAUCUACGGCAUCGUUCGCAACCUGGAUGACGAUAACAACAACACGUCGGCGAACAAGAACAUGGAAAACCAUUUCCGUGUGUACUUCAUGUACACCACCGAGCUUCUGGAGAACAGCUCCGUCUUGGCCGUUCUCCUCUUCCUGGCGUUAGUCCUGCAGAGAACCUUCCUGCAGGCGUCCUACUACGUCACCAUCGAGACGGGCAUCAACCUGAGGGGCGCUCUGCUGGCGAUGAUCUACAACAAAAUCCUGCGACUGUCCACCUCCAACAUGUCGAUGGGGGAGAUGACUCUGGGGCAGAUAAACAACCUGGUUGCCAUAGAAACCAACCAGCUGAUGUGGUUCCUCUUCCUCUGCCCCAACCUCUGGGCCAUGCCUGUACAGAUUGUGAUGGGAGUGAUUCUGCUCUACAACUUUCUGAGCUGGAGCGCCUUGGUUGGAGCGUCGGUUAUAGUUCUGCUGGCGCCGGUCCAGUACCUCAUCGCCACAAGGUUGGCAGAAACGCAGAAAAGUGCGCUGGAACACUCCACAGACCGUCUGAAACAGACGACAGAGAUCCUGAAGGGCAUAAAGCUGCUGAAGCUCUACGCCUGGGAGGAUAUCUUCUGCGACAGCGUGGAGCAAACCAGAGGCAAAGAACUCACCAGCCUCAGGACGUUUGCUUUCUACACCUCCAUGUCCAUUUUCAUGAACGCUGCUAUUCCCAUUGCUGCCGUUCUUGCUACGUUUGGGGUUCAUCACUUCCUCACCAGCAGCAUUCCCAGUCCUUCUCAAGCCUUUGCAGCGCUGGCGCUUUUCCACAUCCUGGUGACGCCGCUCUUCCUGCUCUCCACUGUGGUCAGAUUUGCGGUGAAAGCUCUCGUCAGUGUCCAGAAGCUUGGUGAGUUUCUCCAGAGUGAUGAAAUCGGGGACGACAGCUGGAGAAAUGGAGAUAUAUCAGUUUCCCUGGACGUAGGGAAGAAACACCUGGGGAUGACCAAAGCCAUCAACAGGAAGCAGCCGAUGCGCUACCAGAUGGACAACUACGAGCAGCCGAGCCGGCGGGCGAUGAGACCCACCGAGACGGAGGAUGUGGCCGUAAAGGUGAGCAACGGCUCCUUCACCUGGGGAAACAACCAGCUGACCCUGUCAGACAUCAGCAUACGCAUCCCCACAGGUCAGUUAACGAUGAUCGUGGGUCAGGUGGGAUGUGGGAAAUCCUCCCUGCUGCUGGCCAUGCUGGGCGAGAUGCAGGCCAUCGAUGGAAGAGUUUACUGGAGCAAGCUGCCUGAUUGUGAGAUGGCCCACGAAGGGAAUAUCAGUUGGUCAGAGACAGAGGACUCUGAGGAGGACGUCGGGAGCAAGAACAGGAACUCUGUAGCCUACGCUGCCCAGAAGUCUUGGCUGCUUAACGCCACGGUGGAGGACAACAUCACCUUUGGCAGUCCCUUCAACAAGCAACGGUACAAAGCUGUGAUCGACGCGUGCUCCCUUCAGCCGGACAUCGACCUGCUGCCUUUUGGAGAUCAGACUGAGAUUGGGGAGAGGGGGAUCAACCUGAGUGGAGGUCAGAGGCAGAGAAUCUGUGUGGCCAGGGCUUUGUACCAAAACACCAACAUUGUCUUUUUGGACGAUCCGUUUUCAGCGCUGGACAUCCACCUGAGCGAUCACCUGAUGCAGGAGGGAAUCCUGAAGUUUCUGCAGGACGAUAAGCGAACCGUGGUCCUCGUCACCCACAAGCUGCAGUACCUCAUACACGCAGACUGGAUCAUAGCGAUGAAGGAUGGCUCGGUCCUCAGAGAGGGAACCCUGAAGGACAUUCAGACUCACGACACACAGCUUUACGAUCACUGGAAAACUCUGAUGAACAGGCAGGACCAGGAGCUGGAGAAGGAUAUUCAGCAGGACAGUCAGACGACUCUGGAGAGGAAGACGCUGCGCAGAGCGUUCUACUCCAGAGAAACAAAGAACCAGAUGGACGAUGAGGACGAAGAGGAGGAAGUGGAGGAAGAAGACGACGAUAAUUUCUCCACCACAACCAGCAGACGGUCCAAGAUCCCGUGGAAGAUGUGCGGCUGCUACCUCUCCUCUGGAGGCUUCUUCAUGGUCUUCCUCAUGGUUUCCUCCAAGCUGCUGAAGCACUCGGUCAUCGUUGCCAUUGACUACUGCCUGGCUCUCUGGACGUCCACCAAUCAGACGGCAGAAAACCUCCACAACUGGACCGCAGCCAAUCAGACGGCAGCGUUCCUGCAGAAUGGGACCAGCUCCAUAAACUCCACCGAUAUUUCUCCUCAAUCCGAGCAUGACGUGUACUACCUGCACGUGUUUUUCGUCCUCUGCGCGGCGGGGAUCACCUUGUGCCUCAUCACCUCCCUCUCUGUGGAGUUUCUGGGUCUUUCUGCUGCCACCAACCUGCAUCACAACCUGCUCAACAAGAUCAUCCACGCCCCCAUCAGGUUUUUUGACGUCACUCCUUUGGGGCAGAUCCUUAACAGAUUUUCUGCUGACACCAACAUCAUCGACCAGCACAUUCCUCCGACGCUGGAGUCUUUGACCCGGUCGACCCUGCUCUGCCUGUCCGCCAUCGGGGUCAUAGCUUCCAUCACUCCGGCUUUCCUCGUCGCCUUGGUGCCGCUCGCCGUCGCCUUCUACUUCAUUCAGAAGUAUUUCAGAGUCGCCUCCAAGGACCUGCAGGACCUGGAUGACUCCACCCAGCUGCCUCUGCUCUGCCACUUCUCUGAGACCGCCGAAGGCCUCACCACCAUCAGAGCGUUCAGACACGAGGCGAGGUUCAAGCAGCGCAUGUUGGAGCUGACGGACACCAACAACACCGCCUACCUGUUUCUGUCUGCUGCCAACCGCUGGCUGGAGGUCCGAACGGACUACCUGGGCGCAGUGAUCGUCCUGACGGUGGCCGUCGCCUCCAUCUGGUCCGGUCGGCCCGGCGGAGGCCUGGUGGGACUCGGCCUGACCUACGCCCUCACGAUCACUAACUACCUGAACUGGGUUGUGAGGAACUUGGCCGACUUGGAGGUCCAGAUGGCAGCGGUGAAGAAAGUCAACAGCUUCCUGGGCACAGAGUCCGAGAACUACGAGGGAUCGAUGGACGCCUCUCAGGUCCCUGAGAACUGGCCUCGUGACGGUGAGAUAAAGAUCCACGACCUGUGUGUGCGCUACGACCCCAUGCUCAAGCCCGUGCUGAAGCACGUCAACGCCUACAUCAAGCCGGGCCAGAAGGUGGGAAUCUGCGGCCGCACCGGCAGCGGGAAGUCCUCUCUGUCUCUCGCCUUUUUCAACAUGGUGGAUAUUUUUGAAGGGCGGAUCGUCAUUGACGGGAUCGACAUCUGUAAGCUUCCCCUGCAGACGCUCCGGUCUCGACUCUCCAUCAUCCUGCAGGAUCCGGUUCUGUUCAGCGGCUCCAUAAGGUUUAAUCUGGAUCCAGAGCGCAUGUGUACUGACGACCGCCUGUGGGAGGCGCUAGAGAUCGCUCAGCUGAAGAACAUGGUUAAAUCGCUUCCUGGAGGACUCGACGCCGUUGUGACAGAAGGAGGGGAAAACUUCAGCGUCGGGCAGCGGCAGCUCUUCUGUCUGGCCAGAGCCUUCGUCAGGAAGAGCAGCAUCCUCAUCAUGGAUGAAGCCACGGCGUCCAUCGACAUGGCGACGGAAAACAUCCUGCAGAAAGUCGUGAUGACGGCGUUCGCAGACAGAACCGUCGUUACGAUCGCACACCGAGUCCACACCAUCCUAACCGCUGAUCUGGUCAUUGUGAUGAAGCGAGGAAACAUCCUGGAGUACGACACACCGGACACUUUGCUGGAGCAGGAAGACGGGAUGUUCGCUUCCUUUGUCAAAGCCGACAUGUAGACUCCAACAACCGACGGAUCGGUUUUAAUUUCCACUCUCGAUUUUUAGUUCAAACUCAUUUUUACAACAAAGACAAACAGAAACAUCACGUCUAAACCGACGAUACAGCAGGAAGCUGUGGACAAGCUGAAACAGUCGUGUUAAUCCAGUUAAUCUCAUCUUGGAUCACCAUCAUGCUCACAAUCUGUAGGAAAAGUCUCACAUUAAACACAGACGUUUUAUAAAUCAUCUCUAAAGGUUUUGAGCAUCAAUGGGGUUUUCAGUAAAACCUCAAUUAUCAGGUGUUUGUUAGUAAUUAGAUCUACUAGAAUUAAACCCCAAAUUACUGUAAAGAUAAUUUAGCCUAAAUUUUCUACAAAAAAAUAAUUUUUUAAAUUAAACCUGAAAGUGGAGAAUUAAAAUAAAAUUACUACGUUAAACACUGUAGUUUCUUGUGUGGUUAUAAGUUUGUCCAACAUUAGUAGCUAGUUUAACAAGCACUAGUGGGCAGUGCUAACUAAAAAGCUAGUUGUGCUAACCCUAAAUCACUAAUCUUAAGCAUUAGCUCUGCUAACGCUAAACAGCUACACCAGCAGGGUCUUUAAUGCUAACACUGAAGCGCUGUGUUUAACAAUCCCCACCAUGUGUCAAUAACAUGAGCUACAUCGUAGAAUAUCGACCUCAACUGGAUCACAUUUGUCAUCACACACUUCUGUUUGCGCUAAAGGGAAAGAUUAUGUGAAACAAACUCCUGGUUUCAGUUUUAUAGUUGCUUUGCUAACUCUGCAGCAUAAGCUAAAGAGUUUCAUCCCACUUCAAAGUUGUUAGCCGAACAGUCAACAAUCAAAACUUCACUCACAUGUCGAACUUUAUUUUAAUUAGCUCCACGAUUAGCGGGAGGGACCCAUCAGUGUUGACAGGCUUCUGCAACUUAGAAUUUUGUCCAUAUUUCUCUAUGAACUCUUCUUCUUCUUCGUUUCACGACCAAUAAUAAUGGCUCCAAGAUUAAGACUGACAUGUGGUUAAUUAAAUUUAUUUUGUUUUAUUUCUUCUUUUCAGCAGAUUCUACAAAAAACAAAGGCUGGAUUCCUCCAGUUAGAAUCCGAGAUUUAGCAUCUUUCACCUGCAAACACACUCAGGAAGACGUGCGUUAAUCCGCCACAUUAAAUAGUCCCAGAUGAGUUCAUUGUUUCUUUUAAGGUUUUAAAACUUGCUAUCACUGGUUUUGUGCCUCUUGGGAUUUUAAAACAUUUUGUGAAAUUGACCCUGGAGAUCCCGGACGAGCCCCCAGUUGUUUUCUCUCUCUUUGUCUAGCUGAGUUUCUACAGGCUCUGUGCUUUUAGGACCUUUUGUGAUUUCAUUGUUUUUAAACUGUUUAACUUUUACAUAUUGUAACAUUUUACACUUUUAUCAGUUUUAACAGAUGCUAAGCAAUAAUAAUGCAGAAGGUUAGAAUGUUGGCUGGUGUUUGGUGCUUUAUGCAGUUUUUUUCACUGUGAAGGAAGUUUUUAUUAUUUUACUCAUAGGUUUAUUGUAAGGUUCUACCACAGAAAUACGACUGAUAGAGAUGACUGAACUGGUUCCUCAGGAUUAUUUUGGUGGGUAAAUGGAGCAGUUUUGAUAUGGGCAGUUGUCCAGGGUGGCAUCAGGAAGGGGAGGACAUAAUAUAUAAGAAAACUAGAGUUGGUACUUUAACACGUUAAUUUUGAUUAAUUAAUUACAAAGAACGGUUGUGUUCAAGUUGUGCUAAAAUGAGUUAGCCAAUCAGCGAAGCUACUCAAUGCUAAUGCUAAUUGUGUUGGUAAUGCUAAUGUUAGCGUCCACAUUUCUAAAGAUGCUCCAUGAACAGAUUAA